AUUAAAUUAUAAGUCAUUUGUUGAGGUCUUAAAAGCAUGAAAUUCAUAACAAAUUAAUAUAUUAAUACAGUUAUGCAAUGGCCAAUGCUUAGAUAACUGAUAGACUCCAUACAGACUGGACUGCAGGUAAAGAAGAAGACAGUAGGUGAAGAAAAAGUAACGUUAUAUUUUCCCAAACUACUGAUUAAUUAAAAUAUGUUACAGUGUCCACAAAAAUUGGUAUUGUGGCAGGCCUAUAAUAUGUCAUAAACUAAAAAACGAGUCAGGUGUUAAGAAGGGGAAAAACCGAGAAAUUAUUCGUUAUUUUUUAAUUGAUUGAUACUGUCACAGCAGUAAAGAGGUCUUUUGUUGUAAUUCCGCUCUCCACCAGUAGAGGUCGCUGAAACGCCUGCAGGCUUCGUCCACAUAACGGAAACGGCGUACAGGAUAGGCAUGCGCGGGGCGCGAGGGCAGGGAAAAGUCUGAAAGCGGCGCAUUUAUGGGGCUGUAGUUUAGACUUUUCGCGCUUUAGAGCUGUGUUUCUUUCCUAUCCGACCUGCAGAACCCAGAGAGCCUCUGUUCUUCUCUCCGCGGAGAUGGAUGGAGGGAGUCGCCGCAGCGGAGAAGAGAGAGGGAGAGAGAUGCGCGUGAAGUAGCUGUUCUCCACCUGGAGCCAUUGAGGAAAAGUUUCCACAAACUAACUGGUACUGGAGGCAGGGAUCAGCCCACAGACACAGAGCUUGAAAACAGGAAUACCACUCAAAGUCAAAAUCCAGCCCUAGGAUGUCCGUCACUCUAUCCAGGCUCAAGCUGGGGUCCUGUUUGCUCUGCUAAGGAAUGAACAGAGCACUCAUCAGUCCAGCCUGUACAGCAUAGAGCCUCAGAGGAGCUGAAGUGUGCGGUAUGAUUACAUCAUCACUAUAUGCUGUAGUGGAGGAAAAAACUAAAGUGAAGCUGAGGCGGAUUUCGAAACUUAUGCUAAAGACUCUGCAGGCCUGCAGCAGUUCAGACACUGUUGAAGUACUGUACAUGGAUCUGACCUCCACAUAAAUGAGAAACAAACAUAUCCACUCUUGUUGAGUCAGAAACCCAGUGGUAUCAAGCUCAUCACCUCCAGUUUUACGCAGCGCUCAUCUCACCCGCAGGAGGAAAGCCAAUGUCUGCCUGCAGCAGCACAACUUCUUCGCCGCCCUUACCAAAAGCCUACCACCAUUCUCACCAUCCACCAACGCCUCCCACCCCAUCUCCGUCCCCUAGCCCCCCGGUGGGGCUCUACAGCCGACUGUCCAACGGCAGCCACAGUGCCCCCAGCCCCACACUCUCCAGAGGAUCUCUCCAUGGAGUGUCCUUCCUUCUACAAAUUGGACUCACCAGAGAGACGGUCAACCUGGAUCCGCACGAUCUGUCACUCAACUCCGUCAAGGACUUGGUCUGCUCCAUCAUCGACCAAAAGUUCCCAGAAUGUGGAUUCUUCGGCAUGUACGACAAGAUUCUGCUUUUCCGCCAUGAUUUGCAGUCCGACAACAUCUUACAGCGGCUUACAUCAGCCGAGGAGAUCCACGAAGGAGAUCUGAUAGAGGUGGUCCUCUCGGCUCAAGCUACAGUGGAAGAUUUCCAGAUCCGGCCUCAUGCUCUCUAUGUGCACUCGUACAAGGCCCCUACGUUCUGUGACUACUGCGGGGAGAUGCUGUGGGGACUCGUCCGUCAGGGCCUCAAAUGUGAAGGUUGCGGGUUGAACUAUCACAAACGAUGCGCCUUUAAGAUUCCUAACAACUGUAGUGGAGUGAGGAAGCGGCGACUGUCUAAUGUGUCUCUGCCGGGUCCCUCGCUGUCCGUCCCUCGCCCCAUGCCAGCAGAGCAUGCAGUGGUGAACCUGGAUGAGCAGCGCUCUCACCAGGAGGCGGGGAAACGGAUCCCGUCCUGGAGUGGCCGGCCCAUCUGGAUGGAGAAGAUGGUGCUAGGGAGGGUUAAAGUGCCCCAUACCUUCGUUAUCCACACCUACACUCGCCCCACUAUAUGCCAAUACUGCAAACGCCUGCUCAAAGGCCUGUUCCGCCAGGGCAUGCAGUGCAAGGACUGUAAAUUUAACUGCCACAAGCGAUGUGCAUCUAAGGUACCAAAAGACUGUCUUGGCGAGGUGGUCUUCAAUGGAGAGCCAGCGAGUCCAGGUCCAGAUUCAGACACAACUAUGGAAGUGGACAGCAGUGAUGUGAACAGUGAGAACAGCCGACUCCUGGAUGAUUCUGAGGAACCCACUACUCCUGAUGACAAGAUCUUUCAAGGCUACCCCUUCACAGACCAGGAGAAAGACGAGGAAGCUGUGAAAACUCCUCAGAUCAGCCCAUCUACAAGUACUAAUAUUCCACUGAUGCGUGUGGUACAGUCUAUUAAACACACCAAGAGAAGAAGCUCCACUGUGGUGAGAGAGGGCUGGAUGGUUCACUACACCAGUCGAGACAACCUGAGAAAGAGACAUUACUGGAGGCUGGACAGCAAAAGCUUGACCCUGUUUCAGAAUGACUCAGGAGCCAAGUUCUACAAGGAGAUUCCUUUGUCAGAGAUCUUGCAGGUGGAGGUGGCGCAGGACUUCGGCAGCCUUGCACUGGGGAGCAAUCCACACUGCUUUGAGAUCAUCACUGCUACUAUGGUUUACUAUGUGGGGGAGAACAUGGGUGGCCCUCACCUUCACAUACACAAUCCCACACUGGCUGCUUCUGGGGUGGGCCUGGAAGUGGCCCAAGGCUGGGAGAAGGCCAUUCGCCAAGCCCUCAUGCCUGUCCCAGUCACACCUCAGCCCAGUGUAGGCAAUGCUGCUGGUCAGGGCAAGGACCACAAUGAACUGUCCAUCAGCAUUUCUGUAUCCAACAGUCAAAUCCAGGAGAACGUGGACAUCAGCUCUGUUUAUCAGAUUUUUGCUGAUGAGGUGCUGGGAUCAGGCCAGUUUGGCAUUGUAUAUGGAGGAAAGCACAGAAAGACAGGCAGAGAUGUGGCAAUAAAAGUGAUCGACAAAAUGAGGUUCCCUACCAAACAGGAGAGUCAACUGAGGAAUGAAGUAGCUAUAUUACAGAACCUGCAUCAUCCUGGCAUUGUCAACCUGGAGUGCAUGUUUGAGACCCCUGAGCGAGUGUUUGUUGUGAUGGAAAAGCUGCAUGGAGACAUGCUGGAGAUGAUUCUGUCCAGUGAGAAGAGUCGGCUGCCUGAGCGCAUCACCAAGUUCCUAGUCACACAGAUACUGGUGGCUUUGAGACAUCUGCAUUUCAAGAAUAUUGUUCACUGUGAUCUUAAACCAGAGAAUGUGCUUCUGGCCUCUGCAGAACCCUUUCCUCAGGUGAAACUGUGCGACUUUGGUUUUGCUCGCAUCAUUGGAGAGAAGUCCUUUAGACGCUCUGUGGUGGGAACCCCAGCGUACCUGGCCCCAGAGGUUCUACGCAGUAAAGGCUACAACCGAUCCUUGGACAUGUGGUCAGUGGGAGUCAUUAUCUAUGUCAGCUUGAGUGGAACAUUCCCCUUUAACGAGGAUGAGGAUAUUAAUGACCAGAUCCAGAAUGCUGCUUUCAUGUACCCACCAUUGCCUUGGAAGGAGAUAUCUACAGAAGCAACAGAUCUCAUAAACAAUCUUCUACAAGUGAAGAUGAGAAAGCGGUACAGUGUGGACAAGUCUCUCAGUCACCCAUGGCUGCAGGAUUAUCAGACGUGGCUGGACCUGCGCGAAUUCGAGACGCGGAGAGGGGAGCGCUACAUCACACAUGAGAGCGAUGAUGCACGCUGGGAGGAAUAUGCUGAUGAGCACAGUCUUCUUUACCCAAAGCACUUCAUCAUGGCUCCAAACUUAGACGACAUGGAUGAAGACCCAUAGUCACCUUAUGUUCUCAUACCUGACCGCGUGCUGAGGACACUGCCAGUCUCUCACUAGGAGGCGCUCGCCCCUUAAAGAACUGUAGCUAAAGAGAUCUGAACUCUUCAGAGACAGGAUGGAAGUGGGCCACUGGAAGGGGCAAGUGAUUUAAAUCCAGGCAGGAUGAUGCACUGCACACUAAUCUGGAGAACUGGAAUUCUGAAUCAUGGAUGCAUUCAGUUGAUGAUUGAGGAUUUUCAUCAGGUCAGUCCUGGUUGGUGUAGAAAGGACUCUAAAUGGCAGUGUUUCAUGAGAAUGCAUUCUGCUCUCUAGCACUGACUACCCUACAUACCCUAAGGUGCAGGUCUGCUUUACAUAUUUACAGAUAGAUUGUUCUUUCUGUUAUUUUCAUAGUAAUGUUUUUAAUUUGAAGAAAUGCAAUAGGGGAUAGGUGUCAGGUGACGUUACAGACCUGGGAGAGAAGAGGAAGGGUGUUUUAAUGAGUUUUACUUAUCUAAGGGUUAUGUUGGCAUAGCCUAAUGUUUUGUAAUCAACUGGAAGCUGCAUUUUUUUCUAAGCUGCCUGCAAACGGUAAGCUUUACACUAAAAAGAUUGUGAAAUUCAGUGAAUGCAAGUGCAUAAAUAAUAUAACAGUCCAUUUGAGAAAAGAACCUAAGCUUAAGAGAAGCAGAAGAGAAACCUUUUGUAUGCAGUGCCUUGAAAUGAAAAUCAGCCCCCUGAUUUAAACAUUUUGUGGAAAAUACAUUCAUUGUCCUAAAAAAAGGCUGCAUCCAGAAGGAAGUGGCAGAUUACAAUGCUAUACGGAGGAAAGAAAAAAGUUUCAGAGGAACAAUACAAAAUAAAACUUUAGACUGAUUUGGACAAUAUUUAUAGAGAUAAACUUAUAGAAGUAAUGUAUCUCAGUAUAGGGUCAAGACACCAGGUUUGGCAAUACAACAUGCUAGACAUCUUGGUGAGGUGGCACAGACUCCUGAACGAUACCCUUGAUUGUAGCUAAAAAUAAUGAAUGACAUUUCCAAUCAGUUUGUGUUCUCAUCUUGUAAACUCACAUGCUCUGAAAGUAAAAUCAACACAAUAUAUUUGGACAGAUAUUUGAAACUCUAAGGGCUCCAUGUUUCAAAACCUUACUCUCACAACUGCAAUUAAAUUAGUCAUGAUAUAUAUAUAUAUAUAUAUAUAUAUAUAUAAAUUAAAAAAUACAGAUAUAAUAUAGAUUUUGAUUGGAAUGUGCAGUGCUGUGAAAAAAAAAAUUGGCCUCCUACAGAUUUCUUUUGCUUUUUGGUCAUACAUUUUUCAGAUUAUCGAACUAACCUAAAACAUCAGACAAAUAUAACCUGAAGGCCCAAUUUGAAGAAAUUGAGAAAAUUAAUUGACAUCUAUCAGUCUGGAAAAGGUUACAAAGUAAUUGCAAAAGCUUUGGACCUCACGCAAACUCCAGUGUGAGCAGUUUUUCACAAAUGGAGAAAAUUUCAAACAUUGUUGAACCUUCCCUGGAGUGACCAGCCUACUGAAAUUACUUCAAAAGGCAAAGGCAACUCAUCCAGGAGGCCCCAGUACAACAUCUACAAGAACUGCAGGCCUAACUUGUAUCAGUUAAGGUCAAUAAUAAUGAUUCAAUAAUAAGAGACUGCUGACCAAAAAGAACACAAAGGGUCCAUUUACCAACAAAAAUCUUGAUUAUCCCCAGGUCUUUAUGAAUAUAUUCUGUGGACUGACAAGAAAAAAGUGUGUCCCCCAUUACAUCUGACAUAAAACUAACACACAAUUCAGAAAAAGUAUAUUAUACUGUCAAACAUGGUGGUGGUGUGAUAGUCUGAGGCUGCUUCAGAACUUGCUGUGGAUAUAUAUAUAUAUAUAUAUAUAUAUAAAAUCUAGUAUGAUUAAAAAAAGCAAAAACAAAAGAUAUAUGUAGGGGGCAAAUACUUUUUCAUUUUAAGCGGGCUACAUUUUACAAUGCACUGAAAAAAUAUUUUAUACUACACCAAGAUUCAAAAAUUGUUAAUGUAAUUUUUUUGUUUGAUCGGCCUCUACAGAUGCAGUAUUUGUCUUAAAAAUACAAUUGAUUCUCAUCAAGGCAAAGCUUUUAUUUAAGGUAAAUCAAAUACAAUUUGUUAAAUUCAGUUAUAUGUAAUAGAUCUUAUAUUUGAAUUUUAGGGAAAGCCAAGGUGGAAACCAACAAAGCAUUUAUAGUGGACUGUUAGAUCAAAGUCUUUUCAAUCUUUCAGAUAUAAUACGACAAGAUAAAAACUAAUAAGAUAUGAUACUAAUCUCAGUCAUUUAAAACCACAUCCUGAUUUCAUUAUCAUCAUUAUUCCCCAGAAAUUUGAAUUGGUCAUUUAAGUAGUUUAAGUUGUUACUAAAUGCUAACAGACCAUCUCACUGUCUCUGUCUGUAAAGGGGAUUUCUGUUGUGCACUAAUCUGUGUCAGCCAUGCUGUGGACAGUCCUUUAAAAAGCACUACAACUUGUGAGCCCAAUUUUUCACCAUGUCAAUUAAGCACAUCUGUGUAACAGCUAAUAACUGCUAUGCAACCUGGUUUAACAGUAUUAUACUACUAUCUUUUCCUCUUCCUGUGGGCUGUAUGCCAGAACUGGAAUAUGAAUGAAGCCUUCAUUUCAGUCAUAAAUACUGAACUAACUUCAGUAGAGGUCUGUUUUCACUCAAACAAGUACCAUUUAUGGUGGGUUGCACCAACAAGGGUUACAGGUUAAAGUAAUCAGAGUUUAGAGCUUAGCAAUGAUUCCUAAAUACAGGUUUCAUUUUAAUCAAGUUUUGUUUCAUAACUUAUUUUUAAACAUGGAUGAAAUUUUUAAGAUAAAUAUUUAAUCUAUUUUGUGACUGAAAUAUCCCCCCUAUUUUUUAGAUCACUAUUAAGUUAAUUAAGACAUUUUUUCCAGAGUGUCUGAACUGUAAAGUGGAAUAAGAGCAUGAUUUAUGUGCCCUUGUACACUUUCCCCAAAAGCACUUUUAAUUUUUAGUGAACAGCAUAGUUCACUACAAGAGCUGAAUUUUUUAUUUUAUUUUACAGCUUACAGUGCAAAAUAGAAUUCAGCCGUUUAAACAGUCUGCAGUUGUUAUGCUCGAUUGGCCUUUUUCCUAGACAUUAACAUGUACUUGUGUACAUUGAAUAAAUAUUAGCAGAUAUUACAAAAUACAGGAUUUAUUUUUUUACUAAGAACCAAAAAAGCUUAAAAAAGUGUUAUAUAACAUUGCACAAAACAUUUCAUGUACUGUGAUGUGACUUGAGCUUGUGUAAAUUGUAAUGACAAAGCUCAAUCCCUGUUCGGGCAACCCACCCUCGUGAUGUGACUAUAAGAUGUGGCAGUAUAAAUAUACAGACUCAUCGUCCUUUGUUCUGCGCUGUGAGACAAAAUGCAUGCAGUGAGGCACAGUUAAGAUUUCCUAUUUAUGAAUUCUGUCUUUAUCCAGUUCAUUCAGCUUAACAGUCACACUUUCUUAUGAAGGUUUACCAUAGUACACAAUAUGGAGCCAUAUAAAGCAGGCUAGUCAGCCUGUUUUAAAAGUUUGCAUGAGAUGGAAGCUUUUUUCUGUCACUUUUGUUCUUUGUAAUCUGGGAGAAGAGGGCAUGGUUGCACCUCUGUAUCCUUAUAACAGUUACUUUAUGUUGCCGCUGGAUUGGCAGGUGUGAGUGUUUUGUAUAUUUUAGUACAUAAACAAAUAAAUGGUCUACUUCA